AUGCUGAAAUUCAAUCUCAUCCUACUUCUAACGAUAGUGAUUGCUGCAUCCGCGCAACAAUGUGAAGUUUGCCAAAAAGUGCUAAACGAUGCGAUGGCGAAGGUCCCAAGUUCUGACAAAUCGAAGCCCGACGCGAUCGGAAAAGUGAUUCGCGAGCAUUGCGCCAGCGCGAAAAACAAGGACCAUAAAUUCUGCUUCUACAUCGGCGCGCUUCCAGAAUCGGCGACGUCGAUAAUGAAUGAAGUUCAGAAGCCGUUGAGUUGGUCGAUGCCGGCGGAUAAAGUUUGCGAGAAGCUCAAAUCCAAAGACGCUCAGAUUUGCGAGCUCAAAUAUGACAAACCACUCGACUGGAAGACAAUCGAUUUGAAAAAGAUGCGAGUGAAGGAGUUGAAGAAUAUUUUGAACGAUUGGGGAGAGUCGUGCAAAGGAUGCACCGAAAAGUCGGAAUUCAUCAAGAAAAUCGAAGAACUGAAACCGAAAUACGUCAAGGAUGAGCUUUAA